ACUGUUAAUCGUAUCAAAUGGAUUUCUAUCUUAAUCAUUAUCGCUAUAACUUCAUUUCUCCUUCCAACUAUUUGGGGACCACUAAGCAAUUAUAAGACUCCAAUGAUUGUGGCAAUUUAUUCAAUUUUCUAUCGACUGUUAUCAAUGUCUUUCUAUGUGUUGCUAAUUGUCUUCAUUUCGAGUGAGAAAAUAUUUAAACAUAUAAAUCGUAAUAAUGAUUACUAUGAUCACCAUAAACUCGCGCCAUCGAUUGAUAACUUUAACAACAACACUUACAACAAACAACGUACACGAAACUUUUACCUUCGUCGAAAUAGUAAAUUAGAUCAGUUCAUUCAAUCAACUGUAAUUUUACUUCGAUCAACAUAUUACGUUCAUGUCGCCGUGUUCAUUUGGUACUACAGUUCACAGAAAUGGCCCAUAGUAUCAUCCAAGGAAUUGAUAGGUCAUAUGUUUUAUGCUAUAUUUUUAGCGAUUCAUGUUGGAUUAGUGUUCCAACUGAUUAUCCUUGGACCAUUUGUAUCGUUAAUUGUUGAGAAAGUUGGUAACAAUCGAUUAUUCAAAACUGGAUCCUCACAAAUGGUAAAUUUACCGCUCACAAGAAACAGUGGAGCUCAAUGAGAGGACGAAUCUAUUCAAGUUGUCAUCUAUUUGCUAUGAUAGCCAUUUAUAGAAAAUAUUACAUGGGAAUUGAAAAUAAAUUUCAACUAUUUUCGCCUCAAA